AUGGACAUUGUUCGCCGGACAUCACUCAUAACACAGGUCUUCAAAACCAAUCCUGGAUCAUCCUCAAAAGCAGAUUGGCUCAUCAGGAGAAGCAAUCUUCCCAAUGUUAUGUAUGUUGACUGCAAACCACUCAACAGUCUCAUCCAUGCACUCACUGAGUUCUUCUCACAUUGGUACAUGUGGAUCACUGAGCAUCAGCAGACAGUAUAUAAUAAAUUCUGGCUCACACACAAGAAAGCAACGCAAGAAGUCCCUGUCAUACAAGACCUGUUGACAGCUUCAUAUGCACUCAUGAUGGACUCCUCUGUUUACCAGAAGGAGAUAGGUAUGAAGGUCCUGGGCUCGCAUGACACCAUGAUAGGCAUUUUCAACAAUCAUCUUGAUUUAUCCAGUUGGCCUGUCACAGACUCUGCUGUUCUACAAAAACUCAAGUCAGAAGAGAAGUACAAGCCAGUCUUGGUCACAAAGUCCCAGUCAUUAUUUGCCUCAGGGGUAGAAAUCACAGUGUCUGGCAAGCAGCAUAGGCUAGAUAAUGCUGAUGAUGAUAGUGAUGACCUCAGCUUGAUAGCUGACCUGGAUGCACUUACAUCCCUUACUUAA